GCGGCGCCGGCGGCGGCGUCUCCGCGGCGUCUGCCGCGGCCGCGGCCGCGGUGGCCGCGUCGCAGCAGGCCGUCCUGGCGGCCCAGGCGGCCGCCACCUCGGCGCAACGCCGCAUCGCGGCCCAGGCCGCCUGGGAGGCCCCGGCGGGGGCCCGCGCCUGCGCCUGGAGCCGCGGGAGCAGCAGCCCGAGCGUCUCCGCGGGCCUCGACGGCGUGCCCGUCAGCAAGCUGACCCUGGAGGGCGGCGACGGCGCCGGCGACCUCGGCGUGCCGGACGGGUCCACCGCCACCGCCACGCCGCGGCCCGGGGCCACUGCCCGGAGCCUCGCCGGGUCCUCCGCGGGCACCACCGCCACGGCCAGGAGCCGGCGGCCUCUCCGGCGCUGA